GGGAUCAAACUCACAACCUUGUGCUUGCCAGGUAUGCACUUGUGCUGCUGAACUAUAUCCCCAGCACCCUGUAGUUUCUUUUUAGUUAUAAAAGAAAUAAAACCUGCUCACUGGAACUGAUUAAACACCCCCCCCACGAAAAUCAAAGUAACUUUAGUUUUAUUUUUUGAGCCUCCAAUGAGGGUUGGACUCAAUAGUUUCCAAAACUCCAUCUUGCCCUGAGGUGCUCCUGUGGGGGAGCUGUCCAUCCUGAACUGUGUCGGAACCCUUCGGUUCUGAAAUCCCAGAAAUGCAAUGUUGCAGGCUGCAGGCUCCAGGCUUGGAACUCCAGGCUCAUUUACAGGAAGCAAACACCAGGGUCCAGAGAUGGACCCAGGUGACCGAGUCGAAAGGGCCUGGAUGUCAGGCCUCUGAAGAGCCUGUGAACUUAGGAUGAGAAGUCCAGACUUGGAGGCUCUAAAGCUAGAAAGUAAUAGCAUUUACUUUAUUUAUUUAUGUUUUAAAUUUAUUCAUUUAUUUUGGACAGGAGGUCUCACUGUGCAAUUCAGGCUGGCCCUAAACUCUUAGCAAGCCUCCUGCCUCAGCCUCCUGAGUGCUGGGAUUACAGACUUUGCCACCACACCUCUCUGAGCACUGAUUUUGGCAACUUCCUUGCCGGGUCUCAUGAGUCCCCUGAGGUCACACAGGUAUUAGGGGUGUGUUCCAGAUGCUUCUCCAAAGGAGCAGAUUGGGCUCCCGGAGAAGCGCCUGCAUCAAGAUUCAGGGGAGAGACAAGGCCAGCGGCUGGCCGGCGCUGUGAACCUGACCCUUGGUCAUCCGUGGCGCUCUGGAGCCAAGUCAGAGCAAUGCGGUGCGACUCCGGAUCAGAGAGGAGAAAACUCGAGUCUUCGGGAGAUUUCCCGAGGGCACAAAGGAUUGGGUCCAAAACACACAGCGAAUUUUUUUCCCAGCUUUAGAUAUGAUUUCAUUCAAAGUCCCUGCCUGCUGUGGGUCCUGGAGGCGAGCGGGGAGCUGGGGAGUUCAGAGCCCUCAGUCACCAGCCCACCCAGCCCUCCUGCCCACCACGACCUCCGUGCAAGCCCCUCGGGAGCCCCUCGGCCCCAGGCCCUCGUCCGGCUGCGGCGCUGGAGAGUGCGGGACCCGGGCGGGGGCGGGAGCGGAGGGAGGAACAAUGGCCCCCUCCCCUCGCCGGCCGGAGGGUGGGGUCUCCCGCCCCGCCUCCCCGCUCCUCCCCCGCCCAGGCGAUGAGGUAAUCGCGCCGCCGAGAGGCAGCGCAGCCGGUGCCCAGCCGGUCGGUCCCGCGCCCCUGCCCGGCGCCGCCGCCCCCUGCCCGCCUGCCGGCCGCACCAUGGCCGAGCGCUGCAGCCUGUGGAGCGCGCUGUCCGCCGCCGCCUGCUGCUUCUACCGCGGCUCCUUCGUGCAGGUGCAGUUCUCCAAGGAGAAGUACAUCCUAGACUCCUCGCCCGAGAAGCUGCACAAGGAACUGGAGGAGGAGCUGAAGCUCAGCAGCACCGACCUGCGCAGCCAUGCGUGGUACCACGGCCGCAUCCCCCGCGAGGUCUCGGAGACCCUGGUGCAGCGCAAUGGUGACUUCCUCAUCCGGGACUCGCUCACCAGCCUGGGUGACUACGUGCUCACGUGCCGCUGGCGCAACCAGGCCUUGCACUUCAAGAUCAACAAGGUGGUGGUGAAGGCAGGCGAGAGCUAUACCCACAUCCAGUACCUGUUCGAGCAGGAGAGCUUCGACCACGUGCCCGCUCUGGUGCGUUAUCACGUGGGCAGCCGCAAGGCCGUGUCGGAGCAGAGUGGAGCCAUCAUCUACUGCCCGGUCAACCGCACCUUUCCACUGCGCUACCUCGAGGCCAGCUAUGGCCUGGGCCCUGCCGGUGGCAAGGCCGCCAGCCCCGCCAGCCCCUCAGGGACCAAGGGCAGCCACAUGAAGCGGCGCAGCGUCACCAUGACAGAUGGGCUCACUGCCGACAAGGUCACCUGCGGUGACAGCUGCCCCUCCAGCAUCUCCCUGCCCCAGCCCCGGGACUCCAUCCGCAACUGCGCCCUCAGCAUGGACCGGAUCCCGGACCUGCCCCCCAUCUCCGAGAGCCCCAGCUCCCCCGCCUACAGCACAGUCACCCGUGUUCAUGCCACCCCUGGAGUCCCCUCCACGACCAUGCCGCCCUCCUCUCCUGUUGCCCGCCGCUCCAGUGAGCCCCAGCUGUGUUCCGGAAGUGCCCCAAAGUCCCUCGGGGAGUCGGACAAGGGCCCCCACGCCAGCCCCAGUCAGAGUCUUGGCAAGGCCUCCCCGUCACCAUCUCUCGGCAGCUACAGUGAUCCGGACUCUGGCCACUACUGCCAGUUGCAGCCCCCUGCACGCAGCAGCCAUGAGUGGGCCACGGCCGAGGCCUCCAGCCGGCCACCAUGGAGCCAUGGGGAGAGACUAAAGGAACUAUCGGAAAGUGGGGUUCCCGAGGGGGACAGGGGCAAGGGCUUCACUGCUCCCAUCGUGGAAGCCACAUCUUCCUUCAACCCGGCCACCUUCCAGUCGCUGCUGAUCCCCAAGGAAAACCGGCCCCUGGAUGUGGGGCUGCUGCGCAAGGUGAAGGAGCUGCUGGCCGAGGUGGACGCACGGACGCUGGCCCGGCAUGUCACCAAGGUGGACUGCCUGGUUGCUAGGAUACUGGGCGUUACCAAGGAGAUGCAGACCCUAAUGGGAGUCCGCUGGGGUAUGGAGUUGCUCACCCUCCCCCAUGGCCGGCAGCUCCGACUAGACCUGCUGGAGAGGUUCCACACAAUGUCCAUCAUGCUGGCCGUGGACAUCCUGGGCUGCACGGGCUCCGCGGAGGAGCGCGCGGCGCUGCUGCACAAGACCAUCCAGAUGGCUGCCGAGCUGCGGGGGACCAUGGGCAACAUGUUCAGCUUCGCCGCCGUCAUGAGCGCCCUGGACAUGGCCCAGAUUUCCCGGCUAGAGCAGACGUGGAUGACCCUGCGACAACGACACACCGAGGGCGCCAUCCUGUAUGAGAAGAAGCUGAAACCUUUUCUCAAGAGCCUCAAUGAGGGCAAAGAAGGCCCGCCGCUGAGCAACACCACGUUCCCGCACGUGCUGCCGCUCAUCACGCUGCUGGAGUGUGAUGCCGCGCCUGCGGAGGGCCCGGAGCCCUGGGGCAGCACAGAGCACGGCGUGGAGGUGGUGCUCGCGCACCUGGAGGCAGCACGCACGGUGGCGCAUCAUGGGGGCCUCUACCAUACCAACGCCGAGGUCAAGCUGCAGGGGUUCCAGGCCCGCCCGGAGCUGCUGGAGGUGUUCAGCACCGAGUUCCAGAUGCGCCUCCUCUGGGGCAGCCAGGGUGCCAGCAGCAGCCAGGCCCGACGCUAUGAGAAGUUCGGCAAGGUCCUCACUGCCCUGUCCCACAAGCUGGAGCCUGCUGUGCGCUCCAGCGAGCUGUGACCCCCAGGGACUGUUCUCUCUGCUGCGGCAGGCAGCACUGGGGACAGAAGGGAACAGACCUUCCCCAGAGCACCCCAGGGACACUGUGAUCAGCCCAAGAAUGUUCUGGGUUCAACUCCGGGAUCUCCCUUGCACCUCCAGGGUCUUGCGUGACUCUGGGCUCUGUCCUACUGCCACAUGCUCACCAAGUCUCCCUCAGGAAGGACAGGAAGCCCUGUUCCUCCCACCGGCUUCUGCUGCCCCCUUUCUGGUCGAGGUUCCCUGAUUUCGAGCCAUGGAGGCCCCUGUCUCCUCUCCCUACCAGAUCUCCCCUCCCCCAGCACCACUGUAAAUAAGCCCGCCUGUCUGUAAAUAGAUGUACAGAGCCUUGUUCUUUCUUUCAUAUAAUAAACUUUUAUGACUCUUCUGA